AUGUCGGGUAAGAACCCUAGGCCCGCCUCCUCCUCAGUUGGCAAGAACUCGAAAGUCCUUCAAGCCCAGCCUCAGUCCAAAAGCCUUCCUAAAGCCCUCUGUGAUAUCACCAAUGUGUCCAGGAGAACUCUUCUUUUUCUCUGGAAGCCGACAUCCCUAACCCUUUCCCCUCUCCUCCCAUUGCUUCACAACCUUCUGCCGUUUCACCCUCAUCCCUCUCCGAUCCUCCUCCCACCUCUCCUGAUGAACUGCCUCCUGAAACAUCUAACUAGAGCACCUAUGCCGGUCUGGAUGUGCGAGGAUCUGAGUCCGGAAGUGAUUUUUCUCCCGGAGAUAGUGAAUCACUUCCUUCUGAAAUGCAGAUUGAGCAGGAGCCCACCUCCUCCACAUGCCCUGAAGAUAGAAGUGACCUUGCCGAUGAAUCAAUUAUCGAUAAUGGAAUCUGUGCAAUGGAGGGACUCAGUCCUCUCCUUGAGUAAUACCCCCAUUCAAAAUUUAUCAUCCAUGAAGAUCCUCUUUUGGAAUGUCCUUUGGAGAGAUAACUUGGUUGAUGUGUUAAUUGAGGAGCAUUUCUUCCAAGCUGUUACUAUCUCUGUAAAGGCAAAUAAUAAAAGUUGGGAUCUCUCAGUUGUGUACGGCAGCCCCAUCCCAGGUAAUAGAGAAGAGCUUUGGCGAUACAUGAAAGAAAAAAGUGAUAGUUCCAGCAGACCCUGGGCCCUAGGGGGCGAUUUCAACUCCAUCGCCUCUUCGGCUGACAAAUCAAAUUUUAAUAGUAGAGAUGUCAAUCGGUGUAGGAAAUUCCAGGAGAAAAUCAUGUUCCCAGAAGCGGUGGUUCAUCAUCUCCCCAGAAUCAAGUCAGACCAUUGCCCAAUCCUCCUUGAUCUGAAUGGCCAAAUCACUCCCAGACCUGCUCUUCGCCCUUUCAGAUUUGAAGCGGCUUGGUUGAGCCAUAAACACUUCAAAGAUUUUCUCGGAGAAACCUGGAAUCAUGAACAGGGCAAUAUCAUCUCCAAACUGGAUCAGAUUAUUCAAGGUAAAGUGUUGGAGCACAAGUGGAAAACAGUUAAAGCAUCUAGAGGAGGCCAUGGGGUCUCACAUAUCUUCUUUGCUGACGAUUUGGUCCUUUUCUCCCAAGCUAAUACAGAGCAGGUUGCAGUGGUAAAAGACUCCCUGGACAUCUUCAGCAGGUGGUCGGGACAGACUGUUAGCUUAGUUAAAUCCAAGAUUUUCAUUACCAAGAAUACACCAAGAAGGUUGAUGAAUGAAAUUUGUGAGGCAAGCGGAAUUGCAAGAACUGAUGAUCUGGGCAGGUACCUUGGGGUUCCCUUAUUGCAUGGAAGGGUGGCAAAAAAAACCUACUGGGGAUUAGUUGAAAAAGUCCAAUCACGCCUAGCAAGCUGGAAAGUGAAUCACCUCUCUAUUGCAGCGUCUCACACUUGGAAGAGCAUUCUUAAAGCAGGGGAUCUUUUAAGUGGUGGACUUAAAUGGAGAGUGGGAGAUGGAUCAAAAAUAAGUUUUUGGUAUGAUAAAUGGCUCCUCGAUGACAGCAACCUGGCCAGCUUCCUCCACUUAGUGCCCAAUUUGGGGGCAAAAGAUAUUCUGGUAAGUGAGUUCAUCGAUGAAGAAGGUUGGAUGGUGAACAAGCUGCUUGAUUAUAUACCAAGCUUCCUCAUCGCUAGGGUUAUCAACAUCCCAGUCAAUCUCUUUUCUAAGCUUUCAGACUGCAUCAUUUGGUGCAAAACUUCCAAUGGAAACUUCACAACAAAAUCAGCUUUUCAGAGUCUGAAUGCGCACUUACCGUGCUCUAGUCCUUGUAUCAAAGCUAUCUGGAAAAUUAAAGUGCAACCUAAGAUCCAGAAUUUCCUUUGGCUGGCAACCCAGAAUAGGAUCCUUGGUAAUGAUAAUAGAAUGAUUAGAUCCUUCACCACGGAUCCAUCCUGCUCAAUUUGUGGCCACCACUCUGAGUCAGUUCUGCACAUCUUAAGGGACUGCACCAAUGCCAAAGUCAUAUGGGACAUCCUGAUGAUCUCCAGCAAAUUCAGCAGUAGCAGAUCUCUUAACCUGGAGGAAUGGGUCAACCUGAAUGUCAUUAGUUACAAAGAUGAAAAGUUUGGGGACUGGUCUUGGCCUAGUCUAUUCGCUAAUACCUAUGCUGAUGCUAAUACUAAGUGCAAGGUGAAGCAGGUGGUGCAUCUCAGCUGGGAGAAACCGAAAGAGCAGUGGCUUAAGCUUAAUGUCGAUGGGAGUUGGAACCAACAGAAAAAUAUUGCAGCGGCAGGGGGAGUCUUUCGAAAUUCACAGGGGAAUUGGAUUGGUGGAUUUGGAGCUAAUAUGGGAAACUGUAGCAUUGAUAUUGCUGAAAUGUGGGCCAUUUACUACGGUGUGAAGUUUGCUGUGCAACUUAAUUUAAACUUUGUGGAGAUUGAAACUGACUCUUGCAGCUCUGUCCAAGCUAUCACAGGUGGUGUUGAUCCACAUCACCCCCUCUUCCCUCUUGUCAAGGAAAUUAAAGAUAUGCUGAAUGAGUCUUGGACUUGGUCGCUGAAAUUCAUCCCUAGAGAGAAAAACAUGCUGGCUGAUUGGGUAGCAAAAUGGAGCUGUCUCCAACGCCCAGGACUGCAGAAUCUGAGCAGACCCCCAGCUGGUUGUAAUAGCCUGAUUCUGGCGGAUUCCUUGGGUAUCUCGUACCCAAGGAUUAUGACUAUGUAA